AGCUUUAAUUUGUUAGUUUUGAUUCGUAUAGAUAGACCAAUCGUCAAUCUGAGAUGGGGGCUAACAACAGCAAAGCAGGAUCUGCCAUUGCCAUCAAUACACAUGAUGAUCAACCGCACAAACAGAACCAGCAGCUGGAGGUAAAAGACGUUGAUCAUCAUCGACCGAACGAUGCGGUUCCGCUCUCCAUUGGUUUUGUAGACCCUGAAGGCAUGAUGCAUGUUUGCGUCCCAAGGAACACCGCCAUCCCAACCAAGAAGUUUGAGGUGGCCAUAAUCACCCAGACGGACAACCAGCAAAGCAUAUCCUUUACGUUCUACCAAGGGCAAAGAAGCAAGGCAAGCGACAACAAGUUUCUUAACAAGCUAGUUUUCUAUGACAUUCCUCCUGCUCCCAGAGGUGGCAGGAAGUUUACACUUAGCCUUGACGUCGACAUUGACGGCAAUCUGAAUGCAUCCGUCGAGGACAAGGAAACCGGCCAGAAGAUCACGAGCCAGAAAAGCUUGAUUCUUCUGCCUGCAGAGGAGGUGGAGAAGAUGGUUCGAGAAGGAGAGAAGCACGCCUUGGAGGACAAGGAGUACGUGGAGAGGAUGAGGAUCGUGAGAUCGAUGGUGGAUCACUCGGCCCUCCUUCGAGAAAUCAUGGCGGCUGGAGACUACUCUAAGAAGGUGAGAGAUAGGGUUAAGGAUAUUGCCUUGGAGAUGAUGGACGAGUUCAAGGAGAAGGUGAAGGCGUUGGAUUCUUAAUUAGAGGGGAUAUAUAUGUUAAACUGAAUGGAGAAAACUAGAAUAAUUUUAUUGAAUGAAAAAUUGUCUACAUAUAUACUCAAACUCUAGCCAACUAGAAAGCAUAAAUCUCGGCCACUCCUCUACCCAUAUCCCUUAAUUUCAGCAACUAAUGAACAAGCACUCUGCUGUUGCCGACUCAGCUGCAAAAUAGCUGCACUAAUAAACACAACCAACUAAAAACCCAACCAAAUAAGCCCAACAAAUCCUCCCCUAAACUCAAAUUGCUUCCGGUUUGAGUUUAUCAAACUUUUAACAUGCCAAACUUCAGCACAAGCUCCUUCAAUUGCAUGACGUCUUGAAUAGUAAACAAACUACCUUGAAUAGCUUCUUGCUCCUCAAGCCUAUCCCUGGUGUUUUUCUUAUUCCCCCUAGCAACAACCUGGCUACAUUUCCUUUCAAGUGUUCAAACAGAUCAAACAUAUUCUCCCCCUCCACUAAAUUGAAGCAUAUCAAAUACUCCCAGCUUACUAACUUCAGCCGCAACAGCACUGACUUCAAUAGCAGCAACAACAACAUCAACAACACAGUUUUCAAACAACAGCAGAAGCACAUCAGCAGUUCUUCACUUCUUCAACAAGCAACAACGACAACUUCGGAUUUUUCAGCAACUUGAGAGUUUGCAGCAACACUAUUCAUCAAUCAUACAUUUGAUGCUAGCCUCCAACGAGAUUGGCUUUAGUCCAACUUCACUUUCUUCUAUCUUCAUCCUGUCAUGGCAUGCUCAACUGUUUCAUUUCCGGUUUCUUCACUGUACUCUCUAGACCUGUCCUCGCAGAUCUCUCCUUCUAUGUCAUCUGCCAACAAGCGAGAACUACAACUCAAAAUGCUAUUUGCAAGCGCUCAAAUUGUUACUUGUAGCAUGACAUAGCAACCGAGUACUUCUAAUCCAGCCAUUCGCCACCAAAUAAGAUCAGCCACUCUGCUGCCUACUCGUCGAAUGACAUUGAAACCAAACCUGCUUCACUCACAGGUUAAACCACCUACUUCACUCGUAGGUCUGUCUAGCUGACAUUGACACUCAACCCGCUUCACUCACAGGUUACACCACCUACUUCGCUCGUAGGUAUGUCUAGCUGACAAUUCCUUAAACAGUUCCCCGAGCAUCCUUUCACAACCAUGGAUUCCCUUAAUCCAAUCAUCUACUUCUCUGAAAGCCUCCAACUGAACUAUAGCUACAAUCUCACUCACACCAUUCAUAAUGUACUUGGCAGCAUAAAAAUACACACUCCUAUUCUGCAAUCACAAAGUUCGCCUGUUUCUUCUAGAGUUGCAGCUCCCAAAAGCAAAUGUAACCCAUCACAGAACCCGAAAGCUCCUUUGCAUGACCAUCACAACUGUCAUUUCCUCCCCUGAACUGAAGUCUACUGAAACAAGCUUCAGUUCACUGCUGCUAGAACAUAUUUCCUCCCCUGAGCCGUAUACUUAACAACAACAUGUCCACCAACACUGAGACGCUUCUGUUGGAAUUUCCUAAGCAGACAGUUUGAACCUUUCAUUCCAGAUUCUGUUAAUGCUUUCAGUACAGCCAAGAUUUUUUUCCACCAUAAACGACAGAUCUAUCAUCAUGUCUGCUGAAAACAUUAAUAGACAUCCUUCCACCACCUUCACCAGCAAAAAACAUCACCACCAGAUGCUUUCAGUGUACCAUCUCCUGCCAUUCUAUGAGCCAGGAUACGGAUGCUACAAACUGAAUCAUUCUGCAACUCCGUCAUCCUCAUUUACACUUCUCUACUUCUUCUCUUUGAAGCCCCAAAUACACUACUUGAACAAAAUGCACAGCGGUUCUCAGUUUGAUAAACUGAUUCCUCUGAACAAAUAGCUCCAAAGCUGCAAUGCCAAGCUCCUUCCAUCUUCUAUUCAAAUCUCCAACUUUACAGAGCUACCAAGAACAAACACAGCAGAAGAGUAAUCUGUACAUUCCAAAAGCCACUCAUUGCUCCUAUAAAGCACCAGUGCACCAUUCCAAGUUCUCCAGGUCCUCCCCAUCAUCACUUCAAUUCAGAUCACCAUCAUCAUCUCUUCAGCUGUUACUGCAUUAUUUUCCAGUAGCUUCCUCGUCAUCACUGAAGUUAAUGUUAACAAAGUCGGCACCUGCAUCUCCGAUUUCGCUCGGCGGCUUCUUGACAACAGAAGUCCUAGACCGAACAACAGCACUGACACAUGUUGACGAACUAAAGUAUCGCCCAUGCCCAUGUUGGUUCUUCUCCCGUAAUCGCUUUUUGGGUUUCUUUCCGUUGACACUAUUUUUUGCUUCACUCUUCUUAGCUGUCUCAACUUCUGCCUUCUUCUCUUCCCAUGAAGUUGCUUCUUUCUUGUCAAUACUAAAAAUGAACCAAACCAGUAUAGAACUUCAGUUUGAAUCCAUUUACCAACACGCACACGACUAGCAUAUGGCUCACCAUUACUCAGCAUAGGAAGUCCAUCUAUAACUCCAGCAUUUUGCUACCAAAAACCUCCCCAAAACAAAGAAAUUGUUCCUGGCACACAAUAGCAAGUCAAACUCAAGUCAAUUGGCUUACCAACCUCUUCGUCAGCCUUUUUCACAACAUUUUUGGGCGUGCUCUAGUUCGCCAUCUUGACAAAAGAUUCUCAUAGAAAGCUUCACUUGAGAUGGAUUCACCAAGCAAAAAUGCCAACCCCAAAGUAAGCCACAACAAUCCUGUCUUCUCCAUGUUUGACUUUGUUUUCUUGCUCGGAUGCGUCCAAGGACGACUCUGGGUCUUUACCGCAUACAAAGCCACCAACAUACCAAUCAAGCUCUUCAAUUUAAUCCUCUUCUUCUCCGUCGUCGUUCCCCGGCGUCGCAUACGACCACCACGUACGUUUCCUCUUUCCAGAACUUCCUUCUUCCGCCUCCUGCGUCGCCGCACAAUUUGAACCUGAACCUCCGGAAACCUUUUUUUUCACGAAAUUGAAUUCCCAGCGGUGGUGCCUGGUGAUGGCGACAUGCAAUUGUCUAUUUCUCCCAUCAGAGAGAACUGGGGCCGCCGCUGUUUCUCUCAAAGAGAAAGAACCCUAGAUUUUCUGCGUCUGCUUCUUCCGUGUUCCAUCGCCCGUCAAAGACCAUAAUUUAAGUCAAUUCCAUCAAUCGCCAGUUCUGGGCUCUUGGUAUGAUGACGGUAACUGACUCCUUAAACUCCUUUAUUUUGGUUUGACGAUCAAUAAUAGUACGGAGUGGCAGAGUCCACCGUCACUUUCUAUUCACAUGCGCCUAAUUAACUCCUCCUCUACAUGUUCUCCGAACAGAAACCCGAAAGCGAAAACCCUACAGAACAUCAUAAUGGCAUCGACUCAUUAAUCUCGCUUACUCUAACCCACACUCGUUGGACACAACAGGCGGGCGGCGGCCAUGGUGGCCACCGCCACCUGAAUACGGUAUCACUUGGGUUUUGUUCGAAUAAGGCUCUGAUACCACAAUGUUAAACUGAAUGGAGAAAACUAGAAUAAUUUUAUUGAAUGAAAAAUUGUCUACAUAUAUACUCAAACUCUAGCCAACUAGAAAGCAUAAAUCUCGGCCACUCCUCUACCCAUAUCCCUUAAUUUCAGCAACUAAUGAACAAGCACUCUGCUGUUGCCGACUCAGCUGCAAAAUAGCUGCACUAAUAAACACAACCAACUAAAAACCCAACCAAAUAAGCC